CUUCGCCUCUUCUCCCCUGCUCGUUGAACCCUCCUCGCAGUCUGUCUUAGUGAAGUCCAGAGCUGAGACGAUGAGUAACCCUUCCAAUACUUAUCCCACGGUGACUAUUGAUGUCGUCUUGGACAGGCAGACAGCGAAGGAGGUCCUCCGUGGAGUGCUUCACUCCAUUCUCUUCCAUCGCCUCUUUGGAACCGUAGUUCCUCAGACGUUCGAGGUCCUAGACGUCACCAUGCCCGGCAUAUCAGAUGCAGAUAUGGAACGCCUUAUUGACGAGAAGGUGAACGCAUUCUGGAAGGGCAUCGAGAGCGGGACGAACCGCCGCGGGCAAAUCGUCCUUACGUUUUCGGAGAAGCGCCCAAAGAAGUCGUGGUUCCAGAUCUACGAGGAGGAAGUGCCAUGGGAGCAAUGGGUUGUCAAUGCCGAACUGCGUCAGCUGAAAACCGAGCGUGAUCCCCAAGCAUUCAAUGCAACACUCAGCAACUCUCUUACACACGCCUUGCGCGUGAUACUCACCCACACAUCUUCCCUGCGUGGUCGCACCGCCGUACCGCCGAUCACCAAGGUGGAUGGCAUCUCGCCCUUCCCCCUUAAGAUGGCCGUCCGGAUGGGUGGCGUCGAGAUUGGAUGAGCGGAAAGCUAGGUGUGGGCGUGUUGGUGGCCUUCGUGAACUUGAUUCCCACUUUGCUGGGUAACUUAUGCUUUUCGCGAGUGGGCGGCUCUGGAGGUGGGAGCGACGCGCCCAAGGUGAUAGAGCAGCAGAGGGUACCUAGUGACACCCCCAAAGUCACGCAUUUAGCUGAUUGACCCGGGCUCUGGCCUCCUAAGGCGGAACGCGGAGUAGUGGUGAUGAGAGCCAGAGCGGCAGUCGCUACCGAUCCAAAGGUGUUGUUUCGUGACACUACAUCGAGAUAUGUAUCGGUGACUACAUCGAAGUACGUUCGUGCGUGUGGCAUAUCGCAUCUAUACACCUUCUCGUGCAUAAUGAAACGUAUUCUUCAUUUGG